CUCUGCGUGAGGGAUAUACGAUGUUUGGUGAGGUUUUAGUCUUUAUAGAUAUCGCCAUCAGAAACGUACUGUUGUGAAACUACCAGGGAAUUUAGUGAAAAUAAUUAUUUCAUGAUUAAUUUACUGAUUUCUUCUAAUCUCUCUGGUGGUGCAUUACUUUUUAACUUAAUUAUUCAUUGUGAAUGCGAUAUAUUUAAAACAAACUUUUGUAUCCUUGCUUUGUGCUAGAGCGGACAACUUAUCUUUAAGUUUCAUUGUCAUCGAUUACAAUCAUUUUAAUUAGCUACGAAUUAGAAAAAUAAUGCGUGAACGUCAAGUAUAUUUGAUUUAACAACAGUGUUGUGACAACGGAUAUCGUUUUAAGCGCUAAAUUCGAGAAGAGAACUAUGGAAGAAGUGUCCACUGAGAAUGCUAAGGUGUCAGAUUCCGGAUAUUCUAAUACCUGCAGCAACAGUCAAUCACAAAGAAGCAGUGGCAGUUCAAUUUCCAGAAACAGCAACCGCUCCGAAAGUAGCGGUUAUUGUGGUAGACGUCCCUCGACAUUUAAAUCCAGCAAUGAAGCCCUGCCGCAGCCAAUCAGCAAAAGAAAGGAUAAAGAACACAAGAAGAAGAAGUCAAAGGCAAUUUUGGCUAUUAAUGCUGAGGCAGAUAUUGUGAAAAGUGCCGGCACACCGGCGGAAAUCGCGUCUUAUAAUGUCGCCGUCCCAACGAAACCUGUACUCGAAAAGAAACCAGAAGAAAUAGCCACUAUAGAAUUGGUGGAUGCAACGGAUCCCGGCGAGCACAACGGCGAUACCGUCACAGAUGCAGGACUUGCUUCGCGUACGAAUCCUCUGGAUGAUUCCACCUCUCAAGCCAAUGAGGGAUUUUGCGCGGUGAUUUCAAUGCAUGACGGCCUCGUCUUGUACACGACUCCCUCCAUAUGCUCAGCUCUAGGAUAUCCCAAGGAUGCUUGGAUUGGCUGCUCUUUCAUUGAUUAUGUUCAUCCUAAGGAUAAGGCAACAUUUGCUGAUCAAACCACAAGUGGGAUGGUAUUUCCUCAAGAAGAUAGACCGAAAGGGUUCCUUUCGAGAUCAUCAGUGACAAUUUCUUCGUCAGGUAUCAACGGCAAAAGAUCAAGCUUAUUUUGUGGAUUACGAAAAUACACAAAAUCAUCGGCUCUUCAUCAGAUGAACGAUCAAUACACGGAAGCAAGAUCGAAUUUGUACCUUCCGUUCCAUUUAACACUGUCAUUCAGAGAUUUUCGAGAUCGUGCCAUUGAACAACAUCACAAAGCAAUGUUCCUAGUGGUUACUGCCCAGCCUGUUCAUUCUGCAUACAAAGCACCAGAAGAAACAAUAAUAUCUUCGAUAUUCACGACUCGUCACACUGCGACCUGCCACUUAUCCCAUGUUGAUCCUGACGUAGUCCAAUACUUUGGCUAUCUACCACAGGAUAUGGUUGGCCGUUCGUUGUUUGACUUCUACCACCCCGAGGAUCUACCUUUCAUCAAAGAGAUAUAUGAGACUGUGAUCAAGCUCGCAGGUGCAUCGUUCAGAUCGAAACCGUACAGGUUCGAAGUGCAGAACGGAAGCUACGUCGUCCUUGAGACAGAAUGGUCAUCCUUUAUCAAUCCCUGGACGAAAAAACUAGCGUUUGUCGUAGGUCAGCACAGGGUACUGAAAGGUCCAACCGAUCCUGAUAUCUUUCGUAUACAACAUGCUACCGAAUCUGGUCAAUUGGCUAACAUUAGCGAGGAGGUACUCAAAGAGGCGAAAAUCAUUCAAGAAGAGAUACGUGCACUUCUCGACGAGAACAUUCAAAGAAAGUCAGAUAUUACCGAGCUCGAUGUGUCAAAGAGAUGCAAGGACCUAGCGUCCUUCAUGGAAAAUCUACUCCAAGAGACAAGGACAGCUGGUCUUGGGAAAGAUGCGCUCGCUACCGACGACAGGAGUUUUUCGGGAUCACGUAAUCCCUUGUUGCAGGAGCACGACAGCGUGAUGCUUGGUGAGAUUUCGCCCCAUCACGAUUACUACGACAGUAAAUCAUCCACCGAGACACCGCCAAGUUAUAACCAGCUCAACUACAAUGAAAAUAUUGAGAGAUUCUUUAAGAACCUUAAACCUCCGGUUGCCACGAUGUACGGCAGCGACGAAGAGAAUAUUAAUUCCAGCAAUGACGAGGGUGGAAAAACGAGUCUGAGUUCAGCAGUGAGAAAAUGCAUGUCACCGAUAAACGGAAGCGGUGCGAGCGGUAGCGGUAGCGCUGAAAAUCUGAGCAGCGAGUCAAAUAAUCAAACGAGCUCACCAAGCAGAGGCAACACUUCGAACACGACGAGUACAGAAAGCUUCAAUCCACCCACGUUGACGGAAUCGUUGCUCAACCGUCACAACGAGGACAUGGAGAAGUUGAUGAUGCAAAAGCAUCGAGAACUACGAUCCAGUAUCAAGAAUAGCGAUAAGCUCAAGGAUUCACGGAUCAAGACCACCGAGAAGAUGAACGAUGUGAACUCUCAUUUUGUCAAUCAAGGCCACGGUAUCAAGAGAACCGGAAGCCAUAGUUGGAAGGGAGACAGUAUCAAAGUCUCUAAACAUGAUGAAAUGUCAAGAACGAGUACCGUGGGUCAAUUUCCUACUAAUGUCACCACAACGGUCACAAGCAUGAGCGUCGAUCAAUCAACUGUUAUUCAAACAGGUGCUAAUUUUAAUUUCUGGCAACCCCUGUCGGUUAGUGUACCACCUGCACCCCCUGCUCAACUACAAAAUCAACCACAAAAUGCCAAUUCACAAGCAAUACCGAAAAUACCAAUACUGCCGCCCAUGAUUCCAGUAUACUAUGUGCCUGUUUCACAAAUUAGUGACCCAACUGUUCCAUCGCCUCAAAAGGAGAAACUUAGUUUCCAACAACCAAAUCCUUACAUGUUUGUGCCAGUGUCAUACGUCACCACAACGAUGGCUGGUGUCAUUUAUCCACCAAUAACAGGUACUCCACCGGCAGGGAUGAUGUAUAGACCUUUUCUAAUUCCUGAACAAACGUCAGCCAAUGGAGAAAACAACCAGUUUCCAAUUAACAAGUUUUUUGAAAGAAAACGAUCAGCUAGUCGAGCAACGAGUGUGAAAGGAGAACCGGGUAGCACUAUGGCGAUGUCUGAAUCAUCUAAAAAAGUAUUAUCGCCUGGUGGACUAUUCUCUUCCUGCAUAAGCAACGAUGGGGGUUGCUCGAGCUUAGUGAACGCAUCAACGCCAAAAAAUCAGAAGAUUCACAAACAGAACGAUUACAACGCGGAUGAAUCCACUUCGUCGAGUUUUUAUAGUAGUUUUCUGUAUAAGAGCAGCGAAAGUAGCUGCAAUCUAGAUCAAAAGCCGACGGAAUAUUUACCAGAGGACAAUAUGAAGCAACAGUACGGUAAGCGAAGAAAAGAACCCCCCUGGCUUGAAGGUGUCCAAUUAACUCCAGAAUUGAUCUAUGAGUACCAAAUACACCCAAAGAGCCUGAACGAAGUACUUCAAUCCGACUUGGAUGCCUUAAAAAAUUUCAAUCAACCUCUCCUGGUGAACGAUCAACUGGGUCAACUUUACUUGGACCUGGAGGUUGAGGGAUUCGAAACGAAACUUGUUCUCGAAGAUGGACUCACAUCCAGUGGCAGUGACAGUGGGAGCAGUAGUGGAAGCUGGACAGCAGGAACUAUUCCGCAGCAAGAACAUAGAAGAAGAAUGGUGAAGUACGGUAAACUCGUGAUGAUUCACGAAGAAAAUGCACCAUUACCACCGGCGUUACCACCUCAAACCGUACCUUGCCAGGACUUAUAAGAUCAAUCUUGUAACGUCCAAUUUGUAAUUGAACACUUGUUACAAAUUCGAAGUGUUCUGAGAUAUCGCGCUUUGAAUUUGCUUUUGGUGCUUGGGUUAUAAUUGGCUGAUUUAUACAAUAUCCUUCAGAUUAUUUUAUCAGUACACUUAUGUUUUGAGGUAGAUAAAAUUGUCUACAUUUACACGUAUACGUUUACGAAUAACUCCUUUCUAUUUGUUCAUUUAUAUUCGUUAUUAUUUACUGAAAUAUUACUCUUUCUUUUAAGAUACAUACCUGCGAUUGAUUCACAAUACCGUUAUUACAUUAUUAGACAUAUAUAUUUGUUUAGAAUUUUACGAUGCUUUUUUCAUCGAUCAUAUCCAUUUUAUUUAUGAAUCGAAGAAUGUUCAUCAUACAUUUUAACUGCCUCAAACGUUCGUUCUUGUAUCUACCCAUAAAAGUCAAUUCGUACAUUUAGAUUGUAAGGUAAUCGAUAAGGAAUCACAUGUUACAUUGUUUAGAGUUCGUUAAGGCUUAAGUUCCUUUUCUUCUUUCGAAUAAAACUCGCUGAUAUUUUUACUAUUUA